CCACAAGCCAUUUUGGGGACGGUGUCAGUUUCCACAGAGCACACUCUGCUGCAUUUUUCAAGGGGCCGAUUUUGGAGGCAAAGUUAUCGUUAACGAUAUCUGACUGUUUGGGACGCACAGUCGAAAGUCUGGAAUCUACGGCAAGGAUAGAUAUUUCACGCACUCCAAGUCAAAAACGGGAGAAAAAUACGAGUUUUACGCAUCUGAAAUGAGCUCCGCUUUGCCUUGCGCUCUGAGCAAUUGACAGCGUCUGCAGCUAGUUUCAAGAUGGCGCCUCGGCUCAUAUUCAUUUUCUGCUGAUCGCCUCCUAACUUUCAUUGUCUAUUCGUCUCCAGUCUCACAGUUCACCGGCCGAGCCAUUGGGACUGUCCAUCCCAUGACGAUGCAUCGAACAACUAGAAUCAAGAUAACCGAGCUUAACCCGCAUCUCAUGUGUGUUCUGUGUGGCGGAUACUUCAUCGAUGCGACGACAAUUAUAGAAUGUUUGCAUUCAUUUUGCAAGAUGUGCAUAGUCCGUUACCUGGAGACCAGCAAGUACUGCCCUAUCUGUGACGUGCAGGUGCACAAAACCAAGCCUCUCCUCCACAUCAGGUCUGACAAAACCCUUCAAGACAUAGUUUACAAGCUGGUUCCUGGUCUCUUCAAAAAUGAGAUGAAGAGGAGGAGAGAUUUCUAUGCAGAGCAUCCAGCUGUAGAUGCGACAAACGGGUCCAACGAGGAUCGGGGCGAGGUGGCUGAUGAGGAUAAGAGAAUCAUCACAGACGAUGAGAUCAUCAGCCUCUCCAUCGAGUUCUAUGACCAGAACAAGGUAAAGCACACUCUGUUGACGGAGGACAAGCAUCCUAAAGAACAGGCCAAUCACAAGCGGUACCUGCAGUGUCCGGCAGCCAUGACGGUGAUGCACCUGAGGAAGUUCCUGCGCAGUAAGAUGGACAUUCCCAGCAACUACCAGGUUGAAGUGAUGUACGAAGAUGAGCCUCUGAAAGAUUACUACACAUUAAUGGACAUAGCUUACAUAUACACAUGGAGACGGAAUGGGCCGUUGCCUCUCCAGUACCGCGUGCGGCCCAGCUGUAAGAAGAUAAAGCUGAGUCAGCAGGCGGGAGCCGGACGAUCGGGGCCCGAGAGCGACUCGGCCAGCGACAAGGCCAGCAGCCCUGCCGACGUCCCCUCCACCUCCUCCUCCCUCCCCAGCCCAAGCACCCCCCUGCAGUCCCCUCACACAGGCUUCCCCCUCGGCCCUGGGGCCCUCAAUGGGGCCUCCACCUCUGCCCAGGGCCGGCCGCACGCCUUCAGCAGCAAACCUCACAAGGCCUCGAUCAACGGAUCGUCCACCUCCUCCGGAUGACCCUCUCUCGGAACCCGGCCCCUGACCUAUGACCCCCUCUCUCCAGCCAACGCCAGAACGUUCAGCUACCGUUUCCAUGCCAACGUAGUUCCAUUGUCGUAGACGCUCUCUUUUUUAUUACUGUUGUUGUUUAUGAAUAUAAUGAAACGUGUAAGUUUAACGUAGUGGAAGUGAAUCAUUUCAAUAGGAACAGGUUGAGGUUUUGUGAUGAAGAGAAGCUGGCAGUGGAACAGCGUUGGGAGACUGUUGGAUAUAAUGGCCAGCGUUUAGUAUCCUGAAAGCUGCAUUUUUAUUUUACAGAUGUGACUGAAGAUAGCCUUUAUAUUAUUUUUUCUUUCCUUUUAAUGAUUUAUUCAAACAAAUGUGUUGACAAUUUUAAGUGUGUUUCCAACCUAUUGUCAAUCAGUUUAAGCAUGGUCAUGAACUUUUUAUUCCUAGAGAUGUCUGAAACGGUUGGUUUCCUCUCCAGUUCAGUUCUGUCACUUGGCAACGCAACGCAGUCUUGAAGAAAAAUAAGAGCGGCCAUAAUGGGAUUCAUACAGAACAAGAAUCGUACAUUUUGGGACAGUGUUUGGGAUUGGUAGAGAUAAGGAGCUGCUUGGUUUAUUUAUGUUCAGCGCUUUAAUUAGCCUAGGCUACUUGAAACGUUUUUUCUUUUCUUUUUAUAGCUGCCGUGGAAAUGAAUUGAGUAGGCUAUCAUUGACUCGUAGGCCUAUAUCUUUGAUACUGAUCACCAAGCAAACUGGCAGGUGUAAACGCUCAUAAUGUACAUAGCGAUGCAAAUUAAAUCAGUGAUUGCGUCAUAUGUUCUCUCGCGCCAGAGAAUGAUUUGCUCUUCUAAAUCCACCAACCUCACCCCCCAUGUCACGCUCUAUGACAAAUGUUUUGAUGUCUCCCGUGUCCUUCGUAUUUGUAUCGCUCGAUUGUAUGGACAACUAUUGUAUUGUUACUGUUGCACAGUAUAAAAACAUCUAAAUAAAAACAUUUUACACUUAAA